CGGCACAAAGCAAGCCCCUCUAGUCCCGCCUCUCCUGCGCGCUGAUUGGUCAGUGUACGACCUGCCAAGCCCCCCACUGAUUGGUCCCUUGUUGUUGUGAUCGACAGAUGUCGCAGCCUAUCACAGUCCACCGGAGAUCUGAACUCUUAAUCCGGUAGUUUUUUUUUUAUUGGUCCUGUGGCAGCCGCAGCCGCUCGGCUGAUUCCGCUGCCGUCUGGUCGCCCAGGUACGCUGCCCGAUAGCCCGGAACACCAGAAGCCGAGCCGGCGCUGCCACACACCGCCGCCGCUACGUCACUUCCGUCGUCCACUGACAUCAUCAACAGAGGCGUGCUCUUUCAACAAACUUUAUUUAUACUAACACGCGGCAAGUACAGCCACUUCCGGUGAGACUGAGUUCAGGUGGAAGCAGCAACAACAACAUGUUUUAUCACGUAUGUAUUGUCUGGGUUUGUAUUUAAUAUAAUUUAAAAAUAGUAAUAGUCUCAUAUAUAUGUCCGAGACGAGUCACAUAAGGCUGUACUUUAUGUAACACCCCCCUAUAUAUAUACACACACACAUUCUCUCUCUCUCUCCCCAUCUCUCUCUCUCCCCACAUAUCUAUCUCUCUCUCUCUCUCUCCCCACAUAUCUCUCUCUCCCCACAUAUCUCUCUCUCCCCACAUAUCUCUCUCUCCCCACAUAUCUCUCUCUCUCUCUCCCACAUAUCUCUCUCUCUCUCUCUCUCUCUCUCUCUCUCUCCCCACAUAUCUCUCUCUCUCCCCACAUCUCUCUCUCUCUCUCCCCACAUAUCUCUCUCUCUCCCCACAUCUCUCUCUCUCUCUCUCUCUCUCUCUCCACACAUAUCUCUUUCCCCUCUCUCCCUCCUUGGAAACGUUAGGUGUCCUGGAAAACGCAGGUAUUGAAACCCUAGCUGCAGCUAAACUGAGUAAACAAGCCUGCAUUAGAUUCAUGGCACACAUGGAAUGAUCUGUACCUGCAAAGGGGAUUUCUGAGUUAGAAUACUGUGUAUGUAUACCACCUAGAGAUGGAGAUCAUGGCCUCACUCUCAAGGCACACAUUUACAAGACCUUUUAUUGGUAUGAAUUAUCAGGAAUUGAAAUAGAAUUUGAAAUUUGAGACCAAACUAGUCUAGUUCAAAACCACUUAUCCCCCCCCCCCCCUUUCCAAUUUUGCUUUUGUGUUCUGAAUAAGUUCACUUUGACUUCCACACUAUUUACAGUUUAGUGAGUAAAGCUUUUGCUGUGAUAGUUAAAGGACCACUAUAGUGCCAGGAAAACUAUAGUGCCCUGAGGGUGCCCCCACCCUCAGGGUUCCCCUCCCACUGGUCUGGAUGGCGAGGAAAGGGGUUAAACUUACCUUUUUUCCAGCGCCGGGCGGGGAGCUCUCCUCUCCACCUCCGAUCCUCCUCUUCGGCUGAAUGCGCAUGCGCGGCAGGAGCUGCGUGCGCAUUCAGCCAGUCUCAUAGGAAAGCAUUCAUAAUGCUUUCCUAUGUACGCUGGCAUCUCUAGCGGCUGUCAUUGAGACAGCCCCUAGAGGCUUUGGAGGCUGGAUUAACCCAUUUAUAAACAUAGCAGUUUCUCUGAUACUGCUAUGUUUAAAAAAAAAAAAAAGGGUUAAUCCUAGAGGGACCAGGCACCCAGACCACUUCAUUAAGCUGAAGUGGUCUGGGUGCCUAGAGUGGUCCUUUAACCUUCAGUAAUCCAAUGAUGGUUGAUAAUCAUGUACAGGGUGGGCCAUAAGUCCCUACUCUUCUAUCGAUCUUAUGUAUCCAGUGUAUCUGUGUGCUGAAUGGGUAGCGACUUAUGGGCCACCCUGUAGAAUGUAGUCUGUAGCAGUUGGAGUGCUAAAGAUAAUCUGUCAUUAUAGUCACAGUUAUUGAUUGCAUGUGCAUGGUUUUUCUGAAUGCUAGUGUUCCAUAGAUUAUCAUAUAGGAAGAUAUGCAUGCACAAAAGAAGCAUCUUCUAUGAGAAUAGGUAUAAAAUAUAUAUAUAUAUAUAUAUAUAUAUAUAUAUAUAUAUAUAUUAAGGUGGGCUGCUACAUACACCGUUAGGCGUCUAGAUGAGAGAGAGAAAAAAAAGUGUAUGUGCUCUUAAUAUUUUACUGUUGGGGAGCGCACAUACACUUUUUUUUUCUCUCAUCUAGACGCCUAACGGUGUAUGUAGCAGCCCACCUUAUUAUAUAUAUAUAUUUUUUAUACCUAUUCUCAUAGAAUUUUUUUUGUAGACUGUAAUAAACAAUAAUUUCCAAACAAGGAACUGUCAUGCGUUCCUUUUUUUUCUUUCUUUUUUUUCCCCAAUAGUGUGUUCCAGCAUGGUGCAAAAAUACAAAUCCCAUUAAAGUAACGCUGUAGGCACUAUUAGAAAAAAUAUAAAUAUGCCCCCUUUGUCCUAUACGCCAAUUAUAUUUAAUUCUCUUAUCCAGGGACUUGAAAGCAUACAUUUCUACCCACUCCCCCAAGCCUUCUGAUUUAGAGAGCCGGAAUGAAACUCCUCUGCUCUUAUACGGACUAACAGCCGAGUUCUUGACAUCAGCUUCACUAGUGUGCUGAUUUAGUAUUUGUGUGUUGUGAACGAGAGUCUUCAAUGUGCGCACACAGCACUACCCAUUACUAUAGCACUUUCCCAUACGCUGACAGAAGAGCAGCCUGACAUUUGAAGGGACAAUACUGAGAGCAUUUGGUUUUUAUUUUUGGCUAUCUGUGCUUCACUGUAGUAGUGUAGUGUUCACUGCUUCUCGUAGUGAAGCAUUAGGUCAAUGCUUAUCUAUGAGAAGCAUUUCUUUGGUGGAUAGUGGCAAGUGCUGCGCAAGUGAUACUUGGUCCAUAGUUCUUCUCUCUGAGAAAUAUUGGAUUGGACCAUUGUCAUCGCACUUGAUUGCUACAUGGGGGGCUGUGGCUGAAUUCUGCAAGGGAGCAGUUUUCAGCUAUUUAAAAUCUAAAGUCCUAUGCUAUUAGUGAGGCCUUAAAAGUUACUAGCCACUGCAAAUCUGUAGGGUUCAUGGCACAUUCACCAGAGGUGAAUUUCUACUCACUGGGACUAGAUUUUCACACUACUUAAUACAGUUGAUAGUGCUGCUAUGCAUUUUCCAAAACACACAUCAAUGUUUUUGCUUCUUCACAACAUAUACCUUAUGUGUGUAUAAUACCUUCAACACUAAACUGUAAUUUGUUCUGAAAUGUGUUUGUUUGCUUAAAUGAAAGUUUUGAGCCAUGGUAAAUUUCAAUUCAAUCAGGUAAUUAACAAGUGAGCCAUAUGUAUAUUGUUAUAGAGUGAAUUGUGCGUAAUGCAGUACACCCAAUGAAUAAACCAUUUUGUUUUUAAUCAGAUUUCACUGGAGCAUGAGAUUCUGUUGCAUCCAAGGUACUUUGGGCCCAAUUUGCUCAAUACUGUCAAGCAAAAAUUGUUCACUGAAGUAGAGGGAACAUGUACUGGCAAGUAAGUGCAUUUGAUUUAUAUUGACAUGUUAUUUUCCUUAUUAAAAACAACGUAACCUUGAAUGUUAUAGUUGACAUACAACAUUUGAGAAAAGUUAUUUCAACUGUGUAAUUUUUGUGAAACCCUGUCUUCAUCAACCUGUGCUUUGAUUUAGAGUGGUAAGUAGCCAACAUCAAGUUGUGUAUUAAGGGCACACUCUAAGGACCAAGAUAUCUUUUAGUUUAAAGGAACGCUAUAGCAUUAGGAAUACAAAUGUAUAUUCCUAAAGCUAUAGCACCCUGGAGCUGUUUAGGUCACCAACCCCUUCCUGUAGAGAGUAAAAAGGUAGUUUGCAUGCCUUUUUAAAAAUAUGAUGAUCCUCCUUCACAAUGCCAGUUUCCUUGCUGCCGUCCAUCGUCUGUGGCUGAGAUAAUCAGGAUCAAUUAUUUCAGCCAAUGCAAUGCUUUCUCAUAGCAACGCAAUGGGAGGCUAGCGUGCAUGUGCGUCACAUUAGACCAUCUGCUUGAAAUAGCAGUUUUACUGUGUUGUCUGAAACACCUCUGAUGGCUAUCUGAGUGUUUCUCUGACUGGGAAUUGUGGCAAACUGAAGGGAAUUGCAAAAUUUUGAAGCCAAUAUAGCGUAAAAAAAUCUUGCCUAACAUAUUAAUGGUCCAUGCCAGUUCCUUGUUUCCAUAUUAAGGACAUAUGAAUGCUAGAACACUCAGUGAUAAUCUAGACCAGGGCUUCCCAAACUUUUAUGGGCAGAGACCAACUUUUGAAAACAGUAAUUUUUCGAGACCCACUUGCUUUUAAUGCAUAUUUUAAAAAUGAACACCAUGGCAAAUCCGCUUUAGAGGCAUACAAUUGGGACACCAUGCAAUCCGCUUUAGAAGCAUACAAUUGGGACACCAUGGUAAUCGGUUUUAGAGGCAUACAAUUGGCACACUGUCAAUCCGCUUUAGAGGCAUACAAUUGGCACACUGUCAAUCCGCUUUAGAGGCUUACAAUUGGCACACCAUAGCAAUCUGCUUUUAGCUGCAUAAAAUUGGCACACCAUGGCAAUCGGUUGUAGAAGCAUAAAAUUAUCACACAAUGGCAAUCAUUUGUAGAUGCAUAAACUUGGCAUAUCAUGGCUGUUUAAGAAGUAUAAUUUGGGGAAACAUGGCAGUUUGAGGCAGAAACUUGGCACAUCAUGGCAAGCUGUUUUAGAGGCAUACAACUGCUUACUCACAGACUCAGUCAAAAUCAGAAGUCCCACUCUUUCAUCCAAGCACUUCACUUUUGAUUAUCCCAGUGGUGGAACUAAUGUGGAGAGAGCUCCGGUGCAAGUAUGUAUUCUGAGCACCCCUCUAGUGCAAGUGUAGCCAAAAGGUAGAUUGCCAUCUGUCAGAGAACUUAAACAAUGCUAUGUCAGUUGGGGAUCUACCAUUUGCCCAUUGUUGCAUGGUUAUAUUUGUGAGUAUUGUUUGAAUGUAAGCAUUUUUUUGUAUGAAGUAUAUGUGUACAUGUAUAGGUGUAUUUGUAUGUACUGUUGCCAUUGGAAUGUUGUGGUGUACUUGUUUGUAAUGUUUGCAUCUGAAUGCAGGGGUGUUGCAUUUAAAAUGCAGGUGUGCUUUUUGUGUACAGUGUUGGUGUUUGAAUGAAGGGGUGUUUGUAUAUAAUUUAGUGUUUUAAUACAGGGGUGUGUUUGUAUGUAAUAUUUUGCGUGAUUGCAGUGCGUGUAGUGGAUGCUGUGUGUGUAUAUUGUCUAUAUAAAAAUGUAUACAUAUACCCAAUGUGUUUUUGAAUGUUUGCAUGUUUUUGUAUGGAGUAUGUGUGUGAAUGUUAGUGUUUGAAUGCAGGUGCUCAUUUGUGCACACACCGACACAGCGUUACACACAAUGACACCUAGUUUCUUCCCUCGGGACAAGCAUCUGAAAUAAAUAAUUAACAUAAAAAGUACCUCCCCUUACCAGGUAUAAGAGACCCAACCAGCCCAGGGACCUCAGUUCUCUUUCUUGUUCCAACAGGAAGGGACGGCAUCUGGAAUGUGGAUGGUGAGGCACAUGGGUUGCUGCCAGGGGGAUCCGGUCUGAUAGCCUCCCGGGUGGAGAGCUGAAUGGCCAGCAGACAUCCUGCAGAUUAAGGAGCAGGUAUGUAAGCCUGCUUUUAUGCCGGGUGCAGUCACCGGCAAAGCAGGGAGGCGGUCUCUAGUGGCAGCAAAUCAUUGCCCGUUGGAGACGCAUGCGCACGGUGGUGGAAGGCACGCCCGGGUGGUUUUGCGUUCCACCGGAGUUCCGACCGCGCUAUUGCGCAUGCUCAGUCUGAACUCCCUGAAAUGGCACCAAAUUUAAAGCGGAUCUGCCUAUUUAUGCUGUGCAGAUCUUCCUGUCAGUAUGGAUGCUCAGCAGUGAAGGUCUCCCGUGUUACCAGCCCCCCCCACAUGGGUCAGAGGUUUUAGAGGUAUGAUUCUUUAGACUCUCAUCUUUAAAAAUUAUUCCAAAGCUAAACAUCUCUGUUGUAGUGAAUGCUCUACUCAUUUACCAGAUGGUUUUAAAAGGAAAGUCUGUAAUGUUUGCUCUUCCUUGACGCUAGAAAAAUCCAAGCAACAAGAGAUGAAAUCCUUUUUGUCUUGGUUUCAGGAUAAUCUGGCCCAGACUUUUGAGUCUUUUUUUUUUUUUUUAAUUUGUAUUUUAUUAGAGGUUUAGUACUCAUAGUACAACAGUGUCAUAGUAUGGGAAAUGUAAAGAACUGCAAAACAAAGUUUCUGUAACAGUCCAUGAUGUCAUUAUUAAAACGCCUAUUGUUGGUUACUCUGCAACCUCAGGUUCCUUGUGACCCUUUGUUACGCCACUUCUCAAGCCCGUAUUGAUGCAGACAGUCCCGCUUUCAAGGGUGUUUGUGGGGUCUCCAACUUUGCGCUCUCUGUGAGCCAAACAUCUGGGAGAGGAAUGUCUCUAGUUUUAGCUAGAAUGGUAAUACAUCUGGGAUUGGAUUGGAUUUGAUUUCUGGGGCUUAUAACUUGGUGUAUGGUUUAUCCUAUCAGAAUGGUGCCGGGUGUAUGCUCUAACACCUGGGAGUUGGUGGUGUGCUAAGUGAGUGCUGUGGUAAGCCGCUUAGGUGAGUAAUUGUCUCCUCGGUGUCAUUGCAAUGUGGUGACUCUUUGUGGGCCCUGGUUUGCUCUGUGCGGCUUUUUGCUUCCCGGUGUCGGCUUCUCUGGGUUCUUUGUUUUCCGCCACUUGUCUUCUCAGCUGGCGGAGAAAAUGUGCCUGGUCGUCCGCGGAGGUGAGUGUGAGUGUCCGAUCUCCCUUCAUUGCUGUUAGGGAUCCAUCUGCCCCCCAUCGGUAUUUGAUUGCCUCCGCUCUUAAUUGUUUAGCCACUGAUGCUAGUUGUCUCCACUCUGCUAGGGCUGCGAACGGGAGGUCUCCAUAAAGGGACACUGUGCUGCCUUCGAAUUGAACGCUUCCCAGUUCUCGGGAGCGAGCCAUGAUCGCUGAGCGGGUCUGAAUAUCUUUCGUGACCGCUAUGACGUCCCUUGGGGAUUCUGCUGGCGCUGCUGCGGCUUUGCGUAUUCUAAAUGCGGUUACUAUUUUGUCUGGUUCGGUGUGCAGCCUUAUUUCCAUUCUGGUGGUGAGGCGGGAUAUGUACCUCAGCAGGGCUUCGUCCCCAAUGGUCUCUGGUAUGCCUCUGAUGCGAAUGUUUCGCUUUCUGUGGCGAGCUUCUAGCGUUGUGACCGUCCUCUUGAGCUGCUGGACCUGUGAGCGCAGAUCCUGCACAGCGUCAUUGGAGGUCUGUUGCUGGGCUUCUCUGGCGCUUUCUCUGGCUUCAACUUCAGUGAGCCUCUUCUGGAUGACCCCCAUCUCCUUCUUUGUGGCCUGCAGGUCUGCCCUCCACACCUCCCUCAUUUCCUCAAGGAGGUCUCUGAUGUCCCUCUUUGUAACUGGGGAUGAGUCUUCCUCAGAUUCAGAUGCCUGACACUGGGCUCCGUCUUCUGCCUGAGAUGAGGUGGGGCUGUCUCUGCCCUCCUGGGAGUCAUCUGAGGCUUCCUCCUCGCUGGGUGCGGCGGGCGCCAUUUUGGCUGGUGCCGCUUGUGUAGGCCUCAUAAAGGACAGCCGAAUGUCGGACGCUUUUGGCGGUUCCGGCAGACGGAAUUUCUUAGUUUUUCGCCCCAUGUCAGUAGCUGUGCGGGGGCUAUAAUUGUGGUGUUUGGAGGGUCCCGUUUGCGGGUUUCUGGCCUCUAUUGUAUUUCUCUGUGUCGGAGCUGCCGACUUUUGAGUCUUUUAAAGAGCCUGCUCUCACUUCUCCUGUAAAAGCUACUAAACAGAAGUCUAAAAGGAAGAGAACUCCGUCUAGUUCAGAACUAUCCUCGGGUGAAUGUUCUUUUUCUUAUUCAGAAUCCUCUAGCGACUCUUCUGUUACUGAGGUUGGUUUUCCUCAUGAUGAGUUGAGAAAAUUUAUUAAAGAGGUUAAUUUUAUCCUUUCUGAUGAAACGGUAGAUAAAUCCAAGGGUAAAACACUUCCAGUCCAACAAAAAAUACUGGAUUUUAUAUUCAGAGAAUGGAAGAACCCUGAGAAGAGGGCUUUUGUCUCCAGACAUUUUAAAAGUAUUGUUAAGAUAGAGGAAGAAGAUAAAUGGGAAGAAUUGCCGGUGGUUGAUGUACAAGUGGCUCAAUUGUCUAAAAAAAAAAAAAAAAACUACCAUACCUAUUGGUGAAGUUUCUGGUCUGAAAGACCCUAUGGAUAAGAGGGCUGAAACUUCCAGCAGAAGGGUUUAUCAGGCUGCAGGUUUUCUGGCUAAAGCAGCAUUAGCCGGGGCUUCAGUGGUGAGAGCUCAGAAUCUUUGGUUUAACACUUUGGAAGAUGGUCUGGGUGAAAACCAAGACAAAGGUCUUUCCCUCCUGUUCCAGAAUUUAAGGUUGUCUAAUGAGUACCUUAUGGAUGUUGUCACGGAGGUGAUAAAGCUUUAGGCUCGUGUCAUGGGUUUGACAUCUGUGGCCCGAAGGGCACUGUGGCUUAAGGCCUGGACAGCAGACACUACAUCAAAAUCUGCAUUAUGUGAAUUGCCUUUGGAAAAAGUUGUUUGGUUCUCCUUUAGAAGAGUUAAUCUGACAAAUGUCGGAAACCAAGAAGGCCCUGCCUCAAUACAAGAAAUAUGCCUGGAAACCCAGGUAUAGAAAUUUCCAGUUCAAAAACCGUAGGGGUUUUCAAGAAAAACCCAGGUUUUUUCGUCAACACAGAAAAAAAUCCAAGAUUUGACACACAAAAAGACCCUAAGUAUGACAGAAACAAACGUUUCUGACGCCAUCAGAGUGGGCGGAAAGUUGCAAGGUAUUGUUCACAGAUGGAGGGAGACCACUACAAAUCCAUGGAUUCUGAAUCUGGUGCAAAAUGGAUACCGAAUAAAAUUCUUAGAUGUUGCAAGACCAAGUUUCCUUGUCUCCUCAUACCGGUCGAAGGUAAAAAGCCAAGCCCUUUUUUCUGCCUCCCUAUUAAGAAAAGGUGUGGUAGAAAGGAUUCGAACUUCCCAAAUAUAUCAAGGGGUAUACUCCCGGUUGUUCCUAGACCCAAAAUCGGACAUGUCUUUUCGUCCAAUCUUGGAUCUAAAAAACAUGAAUAAACUAAUUCCUUACCAACAUUUCAGAAUGGAGACUAUAGCGUCUGUCACCCAUAUCCUUCGAAAAGGAGAUUUCAACUUUGGAUCUAAAGGAUGCCUACCUGCAUAUUCCUAUGGAUGUGAAAUCAAGAAAGGUUUGCUAUAAGGAAAGGAAAAAAAGGUCCAUCAUUUCCAGUUCAGAGCCCUUCCAUUUGGGCUAGCUUCAGCACCCAGGAUUUUUACAAAGGUCCUCACACCUGUCACAGCUUUUUUAAGGAUGCAAGGAAUCACAGUAGUACCUUACUUGGACGACUGGUUAAUAAAGGCAGAUUCAAGAGGCGCUCUAGAGUCAGAUGUGGCCAAUACGCUAGAAAUCCUGGAAGAACAUGGUUGGAUUAUCAACCUAGAAAAAUCACACCUUACCCCUACGAGGUCUAUCCUGUUUUAAGGGUUUUUGAUCAAGUCAGACUAUGUCGGUUUAUCUGACAAGAGAAAAUGUCAGAUAUGUUCGGUGAGGAAAGCCAUGCAGGUUUUAAGUCAUCUGACCUCUACAAUCCCGGCAGUAAAAUGGGCCAGAGCGGAAUCAAGGCCCUUACAGUGGGAAAUUCUUGUCCAAUGGUCAAAGAAGGAAGAAGACUUGAAUGCAUUAAUGAGUAUAUCAGAUCAUACAAAAGAAAAGAUCUCUUGGUGGCUAGAGAAAAAAUUCAUUACAGAAGGCCUGUCUUUUCGUCACAAAUCUUGGAUCGUGAUUUCUACAGACGCUUCAAAUACAGGUUGAGGAGCUCACCUCCUGUAUCACUUAAGACAAGGUGUUUGGUCGCAAAAGGAAACAAAGGAAUCUUCAAAUUUCAGGGACCUGUUGGCAGUUCUCUAUGCUCUUCAGCAGUUAUUUUUUGCAAGAUGGUCUUGCUCAAGGUUUUAGUCUGUCUACCCUCAAAGUCCAAGUUUCCGCUCUGUAAUUUUUUGGUAAAAAAUUGGGCUUCUGAUCCUCUCAGACUCGCAAAGCCUCUCUGUGUACUGAGCCUUUCGAACCUUUGGAAGAAGCUUCAUUGAAGAAUCUGUCACUGAAAACAGUGUUUUUGGUGGCCAUUACUUCAGCUAAGAGGAUAGGGGAACUCCGGGCCCUUUCUUCCUCUCCUGACUUUACAAAUUUUCUUCCGGAUUAAGUGGUUAUAUACCCUAAACCUUCUUUUUUUCCGAAAGUCAUCUCCUCCAAGGUUAUCAACCAACCUAUUUUUCUUCCUUCCUUUAAUGGUCCAUCUAUGCCAGACCGGAAAUGUGAUUGUAGCCAACUAGAUGUGGGUACGUCUCUGAAAAUCUAUUUGGACCGCUCCUCUAUGUAUAGGAUGACUGAUCAUCUAUUCGUGAAUUUCUUUGGAAAAUUUAAAGGCCAGGUUGCUUCCAAGGCCACUUUAGCUAGAUGGCUGGUGGAUACUAUUAAAUUGGCUUAUUCUUCCUCGAAUCUACCUCUGCCUGCCUCCUUGAAAGCACAUUCUACUAGAGCCAUGGCUGCCUCUUGGGCCAAAAAACGUGUGCCUCUCCGGAAGAUAUAGGCAAGGCAGCUACCUGGUCUUCUUUCAACACUUUUGUCAAGCAUUACAGCCUAGACGUAUUCUCUGCCUCUGACGCUGAUUUUUGGCACAAGGUGUUACAAGCUGUUAAUGCCUAAAUUCCCACCCUUAGUAUGGGAUCUCAAUAUAUCCGUAUUGUACUGCCACCAUAUGUCAGGAAAAACUGUAAUUUUAAUCACCGUAAAUUCCUUUUUCCUUAAUAUGGUGGCAGUACAUCACUCCCUCCCUUUAUGUAUAUAUUAAUUUUGGGUGUUCUUGGUACAUACUGAGGUCCCUGGGCUGGUUGGGUCUCUUAUACCUGGUAAGGGGAGGCACUUUUUAUGUUAAUUAUUUAUUUCAGAUGCUUGUCCCGAGGAAAGAGUACACCCUUAUUGUACUGCCACCAUAUUAAGGAAAAAGGAAUUUACGGUGAGUAAAAUUACAGUUUUUUUCAAAGUACCCCAGAGGAACUGGAUUGUACCCCUGAGGGUAGACUUACCACGGAUUUAAAACUCCUGCACUCGAGGUUUAGCAUCUACUUAUAACAUACUGUUCAUAUAAUUAUAUUAAAUUGCAUUCAUUAAUUUGCACACUCUCAUCCUUCCUAGGUAUGGUUUUGUAAUUGCAGUCACCACAAUUGAUAAUAUUGGUGCAGGUGUGAUCCAGCCAGGCAGAGGCUUUGUCUUGUAUCCAGUCAAGUAUAAGGCUAUUGUCUUCCGCCCGUUUAAGGGUGAAGUGGUGGAUGCUGUAGUGACACAGGUCAACAAGGUGAGUCUGUUUCUACAAGUCCUGUGGCAUUAGUAAUUUUGUUUUAGAGAUUAAUUAAAAAAAAAAAAGCUUUUUGAAUGCUGACAAAAUAUGUUCACUAUUACAUUAUUAUAGGCGCUUUGAUAGCUAUGAUUUUUAAUAAGAUAAUCGAUCCCAUUAAAUAUGUUUAUCUAAUCCUUGCAGGUUGGGCUGUUCACUGAGAUUGGGCCAAUGGCCUGCUUCAUUUCCAGACAUGUAAGUCACAUGUAGAGUGGUGUACCUGUGUCUCUUCUCUGUCUCUAUCCCAUCAUGUUUUCAUAUGUAAAGUGUCACAAGAAAGUGGUCUCUUUGCACACUAAAAUGUCUCUUAUUUUAAUCCUACUUUUUAGUCAAUCCCAUCUGAAAUGGAGUUUGACCCAAACUCUAACCCUCCUUGUUACAAGACAGUAGACGAGGUAAGAUAUAUUUGAUUCUUCUAUUGUACUUAACAUGAAUAAACUUUACUUGUAUGUUAUCCAGUUCAAUAAAGGGCAGUAUGUGUAAUGUGUGCAUCCAUUAAUAAAUAAACAUUAAGAGAAUUUUUCUAAUUUGAUAGUGUAUAAAUCACCCUGAGAGAAUAGUUUAGAACUGCAGCGAUAUUCCAAAAACAAUCUGCUUAUUAAACUUGUCUUAACUGCUGGUAUCAAUUUUGUCCGUUUUCAGAUGCCACUUAAACUUUAAAUGAAUUCUGUAGAGGCGAUGUGCAGAAUACUACUGCCGAUUGCUGUAUUUAGCCUGGUUCAUUAAACCAUAAGCUGACCGCAGUUGCAGUAUGGCUGCUACACGUUUACAGAGCAAUGUCAUUCAUCCUAAGUGAUUAACUACUGUGCAAGGUUUUAUGAGAUGAACAGUGCAUCAAAGGAAACCUUGAAAAGUACCACAUUUUAUUUAUCUACGUAGCAUUUUUAGUUCCUUCUUCAAAUUGACAAUGGCCAUGAGUGUUUUUCUUGGUUUUGUCCACAGCCAUCUUCUUUGGCUCAUGUGAGGGAUUAAUGUUGUGUGUUGUUUUUGUUUUUUUUAAUUUUUUUUUUUUGUAUUUGUACCUUUGGCAUAUUGACCCAAGACAGGUACUACUUGUUCCUCCUUGAUUUGCAUGUAUAUUAUCUCAAUGUAUUGUUCUCCAUGAACACAUAUUGUAUAACAAUUUCAAAAUAAGACUUUUUGUUCAUUCUUUUUCUUUAGGAUGUUGUUAUACAACAGGACGAUGAGAUAAGACUCAAAAUUGUGGGGACAAGAGUGGAUAAAAAUGACAUUGUAAGUAUGGCAUAAUCUCUGUAUAUCUGCUGAAAGGACUGUCUAUUAGGCACUGAAUGUCAUAACAAAACUAUUCUUUGGUAUUUCUGACUUUUUUUGUAUAUGCCUGAGCAUUAUCCGUAGUGCCAAAGGUGUUUUUUUUUUGUUUUUUUUUUAGGCUAGGAACACUCUAACAAACAUAACAUAGUGGUUAUGCUGCCUUGAGUGUUAGGCUGCAGUUUCCCUGUUUAAUCUCAAAUAUCUGAUUUAGGAAUGGAGACAGCCAACUCCUAAGCCACAGUAAUGAUGCAGAACUUCUGAAUUCUAAUUUUAUUGUUGUCCAAUUUGAAGUUCAUUGAUUGACUAUACGGAGCUAAAGUUAUUUUUAAGCUUUAUCAACUACACACUAGAAAAUUCAGCUUAUUACUACAAGCAGAGCUGAGAUUGCAUUUGAAUAGUCUAAGUUUCGACUAUAGCAAAAUUGUAGAAUUUUUCCAAUUUGCCAUAAAUAUUACUACUUAGAUUGCAAUUUUGAGUUCAGUGAAUAAUUUCCUUUGUUUUGCAUAUGCACUUAAAAUAAAUACUACACAGCUUAUUUGCACUUGAGCAAAUUCACAGAAAUGUUUAAGUACAAAAAGAGGAACAUAUCCUUACAUUGCCUAAAGCCAACUAUUACACAAAAUGCAUAGGUGUUAUGGGAAAGUUAAUGUUUUUGUGUUUUGUUUUUUUUUGUUUGUUUCUUUCUUUUUUCAUUUCAUAUUUGCCUUGUUAUGUUAGGCACUAAUACAUAAGUAAAAUACCUAGACUUUAUACACAGAAACAAUGCUGGUAAAGCAUCAAGGGAUGUGUAGUCGAAGGUUGAUUAGCCCUGGCCGAUGUAUUAUUCUUGUGCUCCAUUUUAAAUUGUUGCCUUCUAUGUACUACAAAACAUAUUGACAUGGAAAAUGGAAUUCCUCUCUAAAGAUGUUUUUAUUUUCUUUGUGUUUUCUAUUUGGAGUAAUUGUUUGGAUUGCUAAUUAUAUAUAUUUUCUUCUCAAACAGUUUGCAAUAGGUUCUCUCAUGGAUGACUACCUUGGUAAGUCUCACUGAAUAUAUUCUACAGAUAAGACACUCUCAUAUUGUCAUCUCUGUAUGUUCUUCCUGUGUAUAGUAUUUGAAUUGCUCACCUCUCUGAAACUGGAAUGAAUGUGAGAUAAAGCAGAUAUAUAGUAAAUUGAACACUGUAGGCCAGGGAUAAGCCACCUUCGGCACUCCAGAUGUUGCAGACUACAUUUCCCAUAUUGCUCACAGUGCAUUAGGGUAGAUGUACAUGACCUCUACAGUGCCAAAGGUUGCCUACCCCUGCUCUAAGCUUGUUAUAUUGUUUGUUUUUGUUAGUUGUUUAACCCCUUAAGACCGGAGGGCAUACAAUUACAUCCUAUUUUAAGCGGCUCUAAACGCCGCUGGGCGUAAUUGUACGCCCUCUGGUUUUUGUUUACUUACUCGGUCGCCGGUGGUCCCACGCCGGCGAUCGCGGUGGGGGGGACUCCCAGGGAGCCCCCCCGCGGCAGAUCCUCCUCCUCUGGUGCCCCCUGGCCAUGUGAGAGUGAGGUCCUUGCGUGUCCUUGUUAAUUUUAAUUCUUGAAAAUCCGUGAGUGCUAAUCACUAUCUGAAUUUAUUUGAAUUUUCCUGGAUUACAAGCACCCGGUUAUUAAAUCAUCCAAGCGUGAGUGCAAGGAUAUAUAUAUGGAUAUAUAUAUAUCUAUCUCUAUAUCUAUCUCUAUAUCUAUCUCUAUAUCUAUCUCUAUAUCUAUCUCUAUAUCUAUCUCUAUAUCUAUCUCUAUAUCUAUCUCUAUAUCUAUAUAUAUCCUUGCACUCACGCUUGGAUGAUUUAAUAACCGGGUGCUUGUAAUCCAGGAAAAUUCAAAUAAAUUCAGAUAGUGAUUAGCACUCACGGAUUUUCAAGAAUUAAAAUUAACUAUUUAUUAAGUAUCCAUUAAAAGAUCAACGUUUCAGUCCCAGCAGGGACUUUCAUCAGCUCCGUUCUGCUCACAGUGUAAGUCUCGCGAGAGCCGCGGGUCUCGCGAGACUUACACUGUAAACAGAACGGAGCUGACAGGGGAGCUGCACGGAGGAGGAGGGAGCUGACAGGAGCUGCAGGAAGGUAAGUAACAGCUCACUGCCAGCCCCCCCACUGAACUGCCAAUGCCACUGGACCACCAGGGAUUCGAUAUUAUUAUUUUUAUUUUAAUAAUAAAAUAAUAAUUAUUAAAAUAAUAACAUUUUAUUAUUAUUGUAAUAUUUGCAUUAUUUUUAAAAAAAAAGGAAAAAAUGUUUUGUCCCCCUCCCUGCUUGUUGCCUGGCCAGGGAGGGGGGACAAAAAUUUUUUUUUCAGAAUAAAUAAAUAAUGCAAAUAUUAAAAUAAUGAUAAUAAUAAAAUAUUGUUAUUAAAAUAUUACUAUAUCAUUAUUUUAAUAUUUGCAUUAUUUUAUUUUAAAUGUUUUUUUUGUACUAUUAUUUCUACAGUCAGGGAAAACUUUGCUGAACUUGAGUUUGCAUGGAGUCAAGCGGGCUUAUAUCUGCACCCCUCCCCUACCCCCUUGAACCCUAAAAGUAAUGAUAGGAAAUGUGCAUAGUCAAAUAACGAUUCUUCGUAUAAACUAAUGUAUGCAAACUUUUUUUAGUCCAUUUUUAACUUUUAUUUUUCUUUGUCUUUUUCAGGUCUUGUCAGUUAAUAUGGGCGUUUGUCUGCCAAUCAUGAAUCCUGACUUUGUUUUGGAGAGCUGUUCCAGUCCUAGUAGCCGCCCCAUGUCUGAUUUGUACAUUACUUGUAUUUUUUUAAAAGUAAAUUAUGAAAACACUAUUGUUUUUAUUUUGCUGUACUUAUGAAAUAAUGGGACAAGUGUUGCAUCCACAUUUGUUGCUCCCAUGUUUGUUUAUAUUUUUUUUUUGUGUGUAAUUCUUUAUUUUUGCUGUGCAGUGACAGAGCAUGGCUAUUUUACAAAUUCAAGAGCACAAAUCCCGAUAAAAGUUAUCCAUCAAACAGUAAGAAAAGCUGCACAUUUUCUUUAUAUUAGGGAUGAAAACGAGCAUAGAAAGUUUCACGAGGAAAGCAGGUAGACCAUAACAACAUUUGCAUUGGAUGCUUAAACAGAUAAGAGUAGUGCUAAGUAUAUAGAAAAAUGAAAACAGAUGGGAUAAAGCUGUAUGAAUCCAAAAAAGGAACAUAAACAGUAUAUAGUGAAAUACAGUUAAUAUAAACAAUUGUGCGCCACAAAUGAAUACACUUACAGGAUGGAGAUGUAAAAAGCGCUCAGAGGUGCCUCCCCUGAUGUUAUUGGGGGGGCUGUUGAUCCAACUUACUCCUCCAGUGUGGUAGAUGUAAAACAGGACUCCAAUAAAGGUAAGUAAAAAAAAAUCAGCAGCUUUAUUAUAAAAAGGUGAUAAAAUCACCAUCAACUUGUUAUAAAAAAAUAAUAAUAGAGGAUUACAGGUCCUACGCGUUUCGAUCCGUUAUGGAUCUUCCUCAGGGACCAAACAACAAUAAAAUUGUAACAGUAACAAGUGUAACAAACAAGCCUAAUACCCCCUACCUCAGCGUCCCUUUAUAUAGGGCUAGUCCCUAUGUCCAUUGGUGGAUUCGUGAGUGUUUCCAUGUGUCCAUCGGUGCAGGUGCUAUACUUGUCUAGGUGUCAAUAUUCAUCCAGGUUUUUAAUCCCGCUUUUAAGAAUGGAGCGUCUGUGUAUAACCGGACGUAUGUAACAUCUAGAAAAUAACAAUGUUUAAAUCUACUGAAGAGAAAGGAUAUUAAUAUCGCACACCAGACACUGAAAGUGCAUAUAGUAUAUAUAAAGCACCAAAAACAAUAUGAUUUAUAAUUUGUAUCUAAAUGAACAUUUCUUACUCUGUUUAAUUUUUAAACUACAUAUUAAGGUGUAAUGAUACCCAACAGUCUUAAAGUGACACAUGCACAAAACUGAAAAAAAUAUUUUUUUACGUCAUAUUAUGUCCUUGUGAUGAGAGAAAAAAAAAAAAAAAACUCCAUAUUCAUGGAGUAGCACACAUACCUAUUGCUGAAACCUUUAAUAUAUAUAUAUAUUUAUGAAAUGAUAAAAUACUUCCCAAUUCAAUAUUUUGCCAGAUAGGGAAUGUUAUAUCCCAUAGAAAACAGUCAAGUUUAUCAUUCACCAAAACGAAGAGUAAAGAAAUAUUGAUAUAUAUCCAUUAAAAGAAAAAAACAAAUAUAUUUUCCCACAGAAAUCACAAAUUUGCAGUGAUUUUGUAUACAGCAAACAUACUCAAAGGAAUCCAUGUUUAAAAUGUAAUGAGGCAAAAAUGUGAUUCUUUGUUAAACUAAUUUGCAUAUGCCCACCCAGAAUCCUUUGCAGUAGUAAGCUCACUGCAAAUUUGUGAUUUCUAUGGGAAAGCAAUACUUAUGGCUUGACUGGUGUGCAGAUUUUUGUUUAACGUUGUAUUUUAUCAUAUAUAUAUAUAUAUAUAUCUGUGGGUUUAUAUACUGUAUAAUCACCCUGUAGAAUGCACAUUGUGUGAUGCACACCUGUCACUUCCCAGGUAUUGGGGAAGGCUGUUUUACAAGGAUUUGAUUAUACCCGGGUAAAGUCACGAGAAGAUAUAAAGGGGGUUCAAUAAAUGAAUAAAUUAUCCUGCAAUUAGUGUAACUGGAAAUGGUUGCCGACUCUCUUAUAUUUCAUAGACAUACUGACACACACUUCCCUCUCUCCAGUUUUCUACCUAAUUCAGGAGGGUGGCUUUUCUGGGGUCCAGUGGCAGGCGGAGGUAGUUGGGAGUGAGAGGCUCAGCCUCCUCCUUACGACCUUCUCCUCCCUCCAGUGCGGCUUCACUCUAUCUUUGCGGAAGUGACUAACGGAAAUAACAUCCUCCCAGCCUGCUGCCGUAAAGCAAGGGUGCCCGGUCGUGCCGUUAAAGGGCCACAGCGCCCGAUUGGGCCCAGGGCAGCUGCCCCGCUUUAAAGAUGGCCUUGAGCUAUUGCCAGUGCCAUAACCACAUUGAGCACAAUGAAAGAUCCAUAUAACUUAACGCUUCUUAAAAAA